UCUUAAACAUGCUUAUAAACAAAAGUUUGUUUAAAUUCAAGUUUUUACUCAUCUGAGGUUCAAAGGUGUACACAGUAGGAUUUUCAUUCUUUAAGUUUAAAAAGACUUUUUAGUUACUGUAAACACAACAGGUUUUGAAUUUUUAUUAUUUUGAUCUUAUUUUGAGUUUUAUUGCAAAAAUCUAAAUGAAUAUCAAUUGUCUGAGCGUGUUACCACAGAAACAAUCAGGAUUGGUUUUGCCUGAUAGUCGGGACACACCUUAGUCCUCUGCAGACCUGCAGCCAUGUCGAGAAUACAUAUCGAGUCCGAAACAUUUUUCUCCAGCGUUCAUACCCUCUUAAUUACAAACUGAAAUGAACUUCUUAACCGUUGGUCUCCUUCAUGGCUUUUCUUCGGGCGUGCUGUCCAGACGUCGGACUGCCGCAUCCUCUCCCUGCGCAGCGCUGCAUGGCAACGAGAGGAGAAGGUGGCGCGGGAUAAGGGAGGGUACCGCGGCCCCACGUGUCCUCCUCGCCGCAGACCCUUCGCAGUUCUGCUCGCUUUCCCAUCCCUCUGUUUCCGCAUACCGCACACACACAUAUACAACUCCAGCCGUACACCCAGAGCCUACUACGCAUCCGCGAAGCGCUGCGGAGCGAUGCAUCCGCGAUGCGCGCUCUCUCGUUCCUCGCCGAUCCCAUCGCCGAUCAGUCUGUAGGCCCGGAUCGAUUCAUUUUUCAUCUUUGUGAUAUGCAAAUCCAGAUUCUCCGUGGCGGUACUGGCCGGAGCUGAGAGGGCGAGAGGUAGAGAGGGGGGAGAGAUGAGAGGACGCGCAUCAUCAGAUGUUUAGCAGAUUAACUUUGGAUCCUCGCCAUCAUCUCUGCUGUGCGUUUUUUGAUCAUUUUCCUCCUCUCCACCUGCCGGGGUUCUCCAUGCGGUAAUCAGAGGGAAUAUGUGAAGAUCAUGCUGGCGGUGUGGUGCUUCAUGGUCUUUGGUGCAGUGGGCGAGAGGCUUGCGGUGUCAGGUGCAGAUGGAGGAUUGUGGGAUUGGUUUGCCCCCUCAGACCAGCUGGAUAAUGGGGAAACUGAGAUCACUUAUCCAAAACGACUGGUGCAGCAGAUCCGGUCAGAGGAGGAAAUGGCUCAUGGCUACUUGGAUACCAGAGUGAAGAAUAGCAGUGGUGAUAGCUCGCCCGUCCACCUGGCCCAGAGCUGUUUUCAGGUCCAAGCCUUCGGAUGCGCCUUCACUCUUGACCUGGAACUAAACCAUCACCUGCUGUCUUCGGACUAUGUGGAGAGGCACUUUAACUACAACGGCAAACCCUUGCAGUCUGUGGGAGGAGAGCACUGCUACUACCAAGGAAGGCUGAGAGGUUUACCAGAGUCAUGGGCAGCUGUCUCCACUUGUCACGGCCUGUGUGGCAUGUUCUCUGAUGGUUUCUACUCCUAUGGAAUUGAGCCUGUUAACAAUGCAAGUCAUGAGGACAAUGGGGCUCACUUAAUUCGCAGGAUGCCCGAUAUCAGACUAUCCCAGCACUGCCCAGAGUGUACAGAGGACAGUGAGCAGGACAGCAGCGAAAUUGUUGAAGACGGCAACACACUAGACCAAACGGAGAGUCAGCAGGGGACUGGGGGGCUGAGAAGAUCCAAGAGGUUUGUCCGCAGGCCCUCUGUCCAGACUGAGACCAAAUAUAUUGAGCUGAUGGUGGUAAACGACUACGAUUUGUUUGUGCAGCUGCGCCGCUCGAGCAGCCAAACCAAGAACUUUGCCAAAGCUGUAGUCAACACAGCAGACACGAUCUUUCAGGAACAGCUGAACACCAGAAUUGUGUUGGUGGCCAUGGAGACCUGGACCUUGGAAAACAUGAUGCCGGUUGUGGAGGACACACUGAUAACGCUGCAGAACUUCAUGAAGUACAGGAAGGACAGCAUCAAGGAGCAGAGCGAUGUUGUCCAUCUUUUCUCAGGGCGUACAUUUCACAGUAGUCGCAGUGGGACAGCCUACACAGGAGGAGUGUGUUCUCCAACAAAAGGAGGAGGAAUUAAUGAGUAUGGGAGUGUCGGGGCGAUGGCCAUCACUUUGUGUCAGAGUCUUGGCCAGAACAUUGGGAUGAGGUGGAACAAUGCAAGAACCUCAGCAGGUGACUGCAGAUGCCCAGAUGCCUGGGUGGGCUGCAUAAUGGAAGACACUGGAUUUUAUCUGCCCAGAAAGUUUUCUCGCUGUAGUGUUGAUGAGUACAUCCAGUUCUUGCUCCAGGGGGGUGGGAGCUGCCUUUUCAACAAGCCUAAUAAGCUGUUGGACCCUCCAGAGUGUGGAAACGGCUUUGUGGAGCCAGGAGAAGAGUGUGACUGUGGAUCCCAGGUGGAGUGCGCCCGCAGUGGAGGAGCCUGCUGUAAAAAGUGUACUCUUACCCAUGACGCCAUGUGCAGUAAUGGACUCUGCUGCAGUGGCUGUAAAUAUGAGCUGAGAGGUGUUGUUUGUCGAGAGGCCGUGAAUGACUGUGAUAUUCCUGAAACCUGCACAGGAGACUCCAGCCAGUGCCCUCAUAAUGUCCACAAGCUGGAUGGUUACAUGUGUGAUAGCAGUCAGGGACGCUGUUAUGGUGGACGCUGCAGGACUCGUGAUGGGCAGUGCAAAGGACUCUGGGGAUAUAAUUCAGCAGACAGGUUCUGUUAUGAGAAGCUGAAUGCUGAAGGGACAGACAAGGGAAACUGUGGUCGGGACAUUGAAGGGAAACGCUGGCUGCAGUGCAACAAGCCGGACGUAUUAUGUGGCUUCCUUUUCUGUGCAAAUGUCACAACAAAGCCAAAAUUUGGUGAUUUGCAGGGUGAGGUGACCAGCUUUACCCUCUAUCACCAGAACAAAUACCUGGACUGCAGAGGUGGUCAUGCUCUGCUAGAGGAUGGCUCAGAUAUGGGCUACGUAGAGGAUGGCACACCCUGCGGGCCCAACAUGAUGUGUUUGGAGAGACGCUGCCUCUCUGUUGCAGCGUUUAACCUCAGCACCUGUCCGGGACCUAAAUUUGAACACAUUUGCUCUCACCAUGGGACCUGUAGCAACGAGGUGAAGUGUAUCUGUGACAGGGACUACACAGGAAAGGACUGCAGUGUUUUCGAUCCCAUCCCUGAACCCACAGUCCCAACAGGCCCAGAGAAAAAAGGAACAUUCGAAGAGGAAGAUCUGGAGGAGGAUAAGAUCACUGUCUGUCUCGCUGUCUGUGUCCUGUCCACACUUGUCUUCCUCCUCGCACCGUGUUGUUUCCACGUUCAAAAAGAGGGGAAUGAAAAAAGAACACACAAGUCUUCCAUUUCAGCUCCGAGGUCUCUCCAAAUCUCAGAUGACCACUUCCUCCAAGCUCCUGUCUGCUCCUUCCAUUUGUCCUCCUUUGGGACCCCCGCCACCUUGAGGCCUGUGGGGCUCCUCUCACCAUACCAGACGAAUCACACUCACUGCUGCCUGCUGAGGAUCAUGUCCAGGCUGCACCUAAAGCAAGGAUGUGGCUCUCUCUGUGGGAGACACCAGGGGUCCUAAACAAGUCCAGGGGUCCUAUGAAUGUCGGUUGGUGUCUUCUUCUCAGACAUUUUGAAAAGGUACACAUCAAUGGUGGACCAAUUUGAUAAGAGGCAUGUAUUUCCAAAACCUGCCUGCACACAGAAUAGACCACCAUUUCAGUACAAGAUUUAAUGCUGGACGAGAGCACAGACCGAAGUAAGAUGACAGAAGCUGAAAUGUUGGCUGUUUUUCUUAAAAGAAAUGGACCUGAGGUUUAGUACCUCCAUAACUGGCCAUGAGUUGGUGCACCUUUAGGUGGACAGUUUUCAGUUUAAAUCUACAACAUUUGGAGACAAGAGAGCAACUGCAAAAUAAAUCCUUCAAUUAUCUGUUUGUAUGUUUUCCAAAGAGAGACUAAAGAAGGAAUAAUUAUUAAAAUAUAACUAGUGUUAUAAUAUUACAUUUGAAUUAUAAAAAUAAGGUGUUUAGGUGACUAGCAAAAAUAUUCAUACCCAUGACAACUUUUCCAUAUCUUGUCACAUAACAGAAAGAUUGCAUAUUAUGUAACAGAUUAAUAGUAGUACAUACUUGUGAAGUGGAAUGAUUCAUGGUUUUCAAUUUCUUUAAACAAAUCUGAAGUGUGGUUUACAUUUGUAUUCACCCCCUUUUCAUUCUAAUGCCCCUAAAUAAAAUCCACAGUAACCAGUUGCCUUCAGAAGUCAUCUAAUUAGUAAACAGAGUCCAUCAUGUGUACUUUAAUCUGAUCAUAAAUCCGGCUGUUCACCACCAUGCUGUGGGGAUGCUUUUCUUCAGCUGGGACAAAAAAGCUGGUCUGAGUUGAAGGGAAGAUUGAUGGAGAUAAAUACAGGACCACAACCUUAAACAUGAAGCCAGAGCUUUAGAUCAAAGCCUGUUCUGUGGUUCAGACCUAAACCCAACUGGGAAUCUGUAGCAAGACUUGAAAAUUGCUUUUCAAAAACACUAUGUAUGAAAUUUGACUGUUCUAUGUAAGCAAAGAAGAAUGAGGGAAAAUAUUCUCUUGAUGUGCAAAGUUGGUAAAGAGAUAACCAACAAGACUUGUAGCUGUAACAACAUUGACAGGUGGUUCAAUAAAUGCACGCUGAACCUUUCAGCUUUUUACUUGUUUGAGAACCCUGCAUCAAUUUCCUUCCACUUUACUAUUAUCCACAUAUUUGUGUUGGUCUGUAACAUAAAAAAUGCCCAUGAAAUACAUAGAAGUGUGUGGUUGUAAAAACAUUUGGAAAUGUUCAAAAAGUAUGAAUACUUUUGCAAGGCACUGUAUCAAUAACUCUCAACUUAAGAGCAUCAUAUGCUCCUCUUACUUCCUCUGUAUGAGUUUUCAGGUAAAACGAGAGGCUAAGUUGUUAUGGUUUUGGGAUCAUUUUAAAACCACUGAACUAUGAAGCAGCAGAGACCGUAACUUAGUGUUUUAAGUGUCAGAUCGACCAACAUGCAUUCCACAAUAUCUGUUCGUGUGCCCUCACCUCUUCCAAAGUGUGUAGAACGUUUACUCUGUAUGUUUGUCUGUAAUUGUGUGAGUGAGAUAUUUUUAAAGAAAGCCAGAAUGUACAGUAUUUGUGUUUACAUUUAAUGUAGGGGGCAGUUGUGUCCAUGCACAUGUAUACACUCCACUAUGUAGGCAGGUUUUACCUCUUGUCUCUUUCUAGAACCUGUUGACAGCUGCAGCCAGGCAGCACAUUAAUACCAGUUUUUAUGUCUUGCAUCCACAGAAAACAAGCACCUGCCCUCUGUACUCACACCCAUUUGUAAAUAUGUGCAAAUUAUACUGAAUGUUAAAUGCAACCCAUGAAGCUUUACUGAAAGCUAUGUUAAAAUAUUAGUUUUAUUUCUACUAAUGGAUAGCUUCUGAUCUCUUGUCACAGCCUGCAUUUGCAAAACUCUCUUAACACGCCCCUUCAUACAUCUUUAAAUGUGGACAAACAGCCUCGUCUUUCACUAAAUCUUUUGUAUGUUUGUUGAUAGCCACCACGCCUCUGAGUGAAAGCCCUCCACCACCAUAAAAAAAAAAAAACUUUGGGAGGACCCUUGGCUGUACAUGAGAUUAAAGUCCUGGUUUGGGGUCCAAGAGACUGCUUGUCUGAUGCUGUCAGUGUGAAUGAGGUCAGUUUGGUUUAUAUGGGGUUUGCACGUUGCCAGAUGCACUAUUGUUAUUGCAAUAUGUACAGAUUGGACAUCAAAUGUGAUCAAGAGGGGGUAAAAAAAAAGAAAAGGUGAGAUACAUCUUGCACCAUAUUUUUAGACACUAUCUGUUUGGACUAAGAUGAUGGAAAAACACAACUGAUGCUUGUAGAUGGACUGAAAUGAAUGGAAAUAAAAUAUUGAAAAAUAAAGCCACUACUUUUCUUACA